GGUGUGGGCUGCAGCCGCCCAGCGGCUUAUCCCCGGGCGGGCGGGGGAGCCGUAGCUGCCCAGCCCAGCCCAGCCUAGCCUAGCCUAGCCUAGCCUAGCCCAGCCCAGCCCAGCCUAGCCUAGCCUUGGGUAGGUGGGGAGGCCACAGUCGCUUCUCUAUGAACCCCCGGGUAUCUCCCAGCAGCGCCCUGAGGUGUUCUCGUUUUGGAUUCCCAUGUCCUAUUACCAAGAGGAUUUCUUCAAAGAGUACUUCAAGAUGAUGGUGAAUUUUGUCGUCCUGAAUGUGCUCAUUUGUAUUUCCCUGGCGUUCUGGAUCGUGUCCCUGACUGCUAGUACGUACUACGGUACUUUACGACCCAUUUCUCCGUGGAGAUGGCUUUUUUCACUCUUUGUUCCACUAGUAAUUGCUACACAAGGCUUUAAGAGAAAGAGUCUUGAUCACUCUGGUGCAUUGGGAGGAUUGGUGGUUGGAUUUAUCCUUACAGUUGCAAAUUACAGUUUCUUCACUUCUUUGUUUGUAUUCUUUGUUACUUCUUCAAAACUUACAAAAUGGAGAAAAGAUAUUAAGAAGAAAAUAGAUUCAGAAUAUAAAGAAGGUGGACAGAGGAAUUGGGUGCAGGUUCUCUGUAACGGCGGUGUUCCUACUGAGCUGGCUAUCUUAUAUAUGAUAGAAAAUGGACCAGGUGAAAUUCCUAUCGACUUUUCAAAACAAUACACAGCAUCAUGGAUGUGCUUAUCCCUUUUGGGAGCUUUGGCAUGCUCUGCUGGUGAUACAUGGGCUUCAGAGAUUGGUAGUGUUAUGAGUAAAAGCAAGCCAAGGUUGAUAACAACGUGGGAAAAGGUUCCAGUAGGUACUAAUGGAGGAAUUACUUUAGUGGGCCUGCUCUCAAGUUUGUUUGGGGGCAUGACCGUAGGUAUAGCCUACUUCAUAACUCAACUCAUUUUCGUGACUGAUCUGGAAAUAUCUGCCCCUCAAUGGCCCAUUAUUGUGUUUGGUGCAGCAGCUGGCUUACUGGGAUCAAUUGUUGAUUCAUAUUUGGGAGCUACGAUGCAAUACAGUGGUUUUGACCAGAAUAUUGGCAUGGUUGUCAACCACCAAACAAAAGACUCCAAGCAUAUAUCUGGAAAACCUAUAUUAGACAACAACGCAGUAAAUCUUUUUUCUUCUAUAAUCAUUGCUUUAGUGCUUCCAAGCGUGGCGUGGCUUUUCUGGCCCAGGGGUUGAAGUGGUUUAAGAUUUUCUGCAUGUGAUUAAUUUAUUUUCAGUCUUACUCCAAAGAAUCUGAAGAGUUGUCUUCAAACUGUCUUGGAAGAGAGGGAGCUGAAACUUUCAGAGAGCCAAAUGACUUUCCAUCUUAACUUAUUGAGGCUGUGAGCUUCAUUUUGCAUCCCUCAGGGCAAGGAAGGGGUUUUGUCAACAUGUGUUUGUUGCUCUUUAGAUGUAGGUUGAUCAUUGCCAAGUGAGGUGAAGCACUUCAUUUAUCCUCACAGAGCUGAAGGGUUGGUGUCUUGCCAGUCUCCAACAUCUGAAAGGGCAAGAAGCUGGAAAUAGGAGUCUAAUCUACAUCAAUUGGAGUGAUGGAGCAUUGUCUAAGCCAGAUACAAAGCAUGCCACAGCUUUAUGUGGGCAGUGAUGUGGGUGGAAUAGGACAAUUCUGGUAUUUCCCAUAAUCUACAGUAUGUAAUGUUUUAUGGAAUUUAUAUUUAUUGUGGAGUGGAGAGGAAGAGAGAGUUAAGCCUUGUUGCCUAUUCUGUGUCCUGAUACUCUCUUCUCUGAGGACAGGGUUGGUAAAAGUCAUGCCACUACAUAAUGUUUGAAGCGAAAGACUAAAUAUAUAAUAAAAACUCAGUAGAUUUCCAGUAAGAACAAUACAUUUGUUUGUGCUUCUUUGACAUCUUUAUUUCAAAACUAAUGAUAGUUAUGAAGAUUGUCAAUACUGUGAUACUUAUCAUCAGAAGCUAAGAUUGCAAUUGUGAAUUCACGUUCACCUCUCUAGAAAUGAACAUUUUUUUCCAUAAGCAUAUAAUUAUUUCAUAAUGUUUAGCAUUCUAAGCAAAAUAUAAUCUUUAGCUCUUUCUCAGCAGUUACGUUUGCCAUUUUGUUUGGGGCUGCUGUUAAUGGCAUCAGCCAAAGAAAGUUAUCUUCAUAGUAAAUGGGGAAGAUCUUGCAAACCAUUUCAAAAUGGGAAUUAAACUUUUGGUGCUCAGGUGGCUUCGUUAGAUGAUUCCAUCUUCCGUCACUAAUUUAUGAAAGAGGUGGAAAUAAUUUAGAUAGCACAGAUUAUAUUUAAACUUUAGAGAUAGCCUUAUAAUAACCUGUAAUUGUCAACAUUCGGAUGGCAGGGCCCAUACUAUCAGUUUAUAAGGAGCUUUUUCUUUUUGUCUUUACGGAUAGGUAUUUUGUAUUAAACACUUGAUUUUUAAUUUUUUAUUUUUUUUACAGAUGUUGUGUAUAUUGCUUGUCUUAAUUCACUUGAAUUGUGUGUUAUGUCCUUUUUUUUUCUUUAAUGUGAACAUUCAAAGAAUGUUAACACCUUCCAUGUUGGUUUUACUCCUUUGAAAUCUAGUCUCUAUAAAUCUGGAAUUUAUCACUGGAACUAGUUCACUGUAUUUAGACAAUUACAGAGAUGAGAUUUCAAACUAGUAACAACUUUCUGAAAAGGAGAAUUUGUGUAGCUGCUGUAUGUCUGUCCUGUGGAAAGGCAUAAAAUUAUGAGAAUAUAUACACUUAAACUAUGACAAUAAAGAGAUUUUUAUGCA